UGGGGGGGCAUAUUCGUCCACACGGUGAUAAUUUAUGAAAAUCGCUUUGCUGGGAUUCCAACCUAAAAAGGAGUAACCCUAGUCCGCCGCUGGUCCGUGUUGGGCGAGGGCGAGAGUAAGCAGUGUAGCAUCAUCAUCAUCAUCAUCUUCAUCUUUCAGAGUUGAGUUGAGAGAGAUGUCGCACUUCGGGAGAUCUGGUCCUCCAGAUAUCAGAGACACCUAUUCUCUUCUCGUCCUCAACAUCACUUUCCGUACCACCGCAGAUGAUCUCUUCCCCCUCUUUGACAAGUACGGCAAGGUCGUCGACGUUUUCAUCCCCAGAGACCGAAGGACUGGGGAUUCGAGAGGGUUCGCUUUUGUUCGGUACAAGUAUGCGGAUGAGGCACAGAAGGCCGUGGAAAAGCUUGAUGGGAGAGUUGUCGAUGGUAGAGAGAUUAUGGUUCAGUUCGCCAAGUACGGUCCCAAUGCCGAGCGAAUUCAUAAGGGAAGAAUAGUUGAAUCAUCUUCAAAGCUCAAAGGCAGGUCAAGAAGCCGUAGUCCCCGUCCAAGGCAUCGAGAUGAAUAUAGGGAUAGGGAUAGAGACAGGGACAGGGACAGAAGGAGAAGUCGCAGCCGAAGUAGGGACAGAUAUGACCGUGACAGGUACCAUAGGAGCGAUAAUCGCUAUCGAAGCAGGAGCCACAGUGCAAGUCCUGACCACAGCAAAGACCGUGGAAGGGGCAGAUAUGAUGAUGAGCGGCGUAGUCGGAGCCAGUCCUAUGGGAGUGCUUCCCCUGCUCGGCGUAGCCCUAAAUCUCGGAGAAGUCCAUCUCCUCGCAGGACACCUCCAAGGGUUGAAAACCCUGAAGGACGCAAUUUUGAUGACCGCUCUCCUGCACCAAAAGAUGUUUCACCACGUGGUCGACCAGUUGAUUCUCGAAGUCCUUCUCCCCAUAGAUCUGAUGCUGAUGAAUGAUGAAGCGGCAUACCAAGUAAUGGGAUUGUUAUCUAUGGCCUGAUGGAUUGACUCUGCUAUUGUAGAGGAAGUGGUUGAGUUGCAUGUCAUAAUCAACAUAUUGAAUUGUUAUAUGACUGCCCUGCAGUUUUGUUGAAGGUUAAACAUUUCUAUGUUGGACUUGGUCCAUUAGCUGUUGUAGUUUUGAUGGUAACUUCUGUACUCUGAUAUUUGAGUAUUCUCUUAAGCAUUUGCUAUGGGUUUUGCUUUGGUGUUGGGAAUUGCUUCCUGUAGGUGAAUUCCUAUUUUGUUUUGACAUAAUAUUUUCAUCUUUAUGCAUAUUAUGUUUAAUACUGUUUGUUA